UUUUUUCGGAGUAGCCAGACGGGCUUGGGGACACAGGAUGGCAGAGCUAAUAGAAGUAUCUAACGGGACAUGCGGACGGACUGAAUUCGUCUAAUAUUUCAAGUGCUGUGUGUGUGAGUCGGUGCGCAGCCUCACCAUGCCGCUGGUAAAGAGGAACAUCGAGCCCCGUCACCUGUGCCGAGGGGAGCUCCCUGAUGGUAUCGGCAGUGAGUUGGAGUGUGUGAUGAACAACACGCUUUCUGCCAUCAUCCGCCAGCUCAGCAGCCUGAGUAAACAUGCAGAGGACAUAUUUGGUGAGCUGUUUAAUGAGGCCAACACAUUCUACCUGCGUGCCAACUCUCUCCAGGACCGCAUUGACCGAUUGGCCGUCAAGGUCACCCAGCUGGACUCCACUGUGGAGGAAGUUUCUCUGCAGGACAUCAACAUGAGGAAAGCCUUCAAGAGCUCUACCACUCAGGACCAGCAGGUGGUGUCCAAGAGCAGUGUGCCCAACCCUGUCAGAGAGAUGUACAAUCUGAGCGACAAGCCUCCGCCACUCAACAUCCUCUCACCUUACAGGGAUGACCACAAGGAAGGGCUCAAGUUCUAUACCGACCCUUCCUACUUCUUUGACCUGUGGAAGGAAAAGAUGCUGCAGGACACAGAGGACAAGAGGAAAGAGAAGAGGAAGCAGAAGGAGCAGAAGCGUUGUGUCGAUGGGACGUUACAGAGGGAGGUGAAGAAGGUCCGCAAGGCGAGGAACCGUCGGCAGGAGUGGAAUAUGAUGGCUCUGGAUAAAGAGCUGAGGCCAGACCAUCGUCACACCAUACAUCGAGAUCGCGGGGCUUCAUCUGAGGGCUCCAUGUCACCAGAAAACAGGGGUCACAGUGCUGAUCAACACCACUACCCCAAUGCCAUGAACCACGCUGGCCACGCCCACACCUAUUCCGGCCCUCCACCCAGCGUCCUGGCUGCCCAGAUGGCCGCAGGGCACGUCACUCUUGGAAACGAACACGACUACAGGGGCAGGGCCAUGGCCUAUCAGGGCGGGACACUGGGACGUGCCCACCACCAGGUCCCGCCCCCUCCUCCGCCAACUGAGACCAUGAAUGGCGGCUCCAUGUCCCUCCCACCUGUGGACUACAGUAUGGAUGGAUACGCCAACACUGGUCCUCCUCCUCCUCCCCCCGCCCCUCUAAUCCCUUCAGCCCAGACUGCCUUUGCCACACCUCCUGGAGGCCCACUUCCUCCUCCUGGUCCAAUAACCAGCGCUGGAGGUUAUGCCCCACCUCCACCACCUGUAGCUGGACCCCUGGCAGCCCCACCUCCUCCUGGCCCUCCACCUCCGCUCCUUCCAGCUGGUGCCUCCCACUCCACCGUCCCCAAGAUGGCCUCUGCACCUGCUGAGGCCCCGCCAGUCAGCGACGCCCGCAGUGAUCUGCUGGCGGCCAUACGCAUGGGCAUCCAGCUGAAGAAGGUGCAGGAGCAGCAGGAGCAGCAGGCCAAGAGGGAGCCGGUUGGCAACGACGUAGCCACCAUCCUGUCCCGACGCAUUGCUGUGGAGUACUCUGACUCUGAGGACGACUCCGAGUUGGAGGAAAACGAUUGGUCCGAUUAACACUCGCUCAGGAUACGCACAAACACACCUUACAAACAAAACAAUCACUUAAGACACACUCGCACACAAUCAGUCAGUCAAUGACACUUUCACCUGAACGAAUGCCCACUGUUUCACAAUCACAGGUUGUCACACAUUGCUGAAAACACACACACACACACACACACACACACACACACACACACACACAAGCCUACACACAAUCACAUGCUGUAGGUUGAAAUGAUAUAAGCUGAAUGGUCCAAAACUGGAAUUUUUGGGGUGUAUUCAAGAUGCACAAACAUUGUAGAGGCUAGUAAUAUACCUUGUUAGGUUCUUACACUGUGAUGCUGACCACUCUCUGAAACCCUAACACUGAGUUUGACACUUACUCUUCAGGCAUUGUGAAUACACCCCGAUGGAUUUUGCUCUCUACCUGUUGUAACACUAUAGACACCCUGUGAAGGUGCUUAUCUCAUGUAUAGUCAAGGCUUAAGAGUGUUAGCAAGAAAUAGAAAUAUCCCUCUUGAGCUUACCGAUGUACUUGUCUUUUUUUUAAUGUUUUUACUGAAACACUUGUUUAUCUAUAGACAAGUUUUUAACGUGUAGAUUACAAGUAACUGGAAGUAAACAAAAAAAAA